AUGUUAUCCUCCGUUCUUCUAUCUAUAUCAGUACUUGCCGCUGUCGCCCAUGCUUUUCCUCAUUCUGCUUUCCGGCACAGCUUACCAAAGUUCAAACGUGCCUCGUCCUCUGGAAAGCUCGUUGUUGCCCAUCAUAUGGUCGGCAACACCUACCCGUAUAGUAUCGAUAAUUGGGCCUCCGACAUUUCUCUCGCUCAUAGUUCUGGCCUUGAUGGCUUCGCACUCAACGUCGGCUCCGACUCAUGGCAGCCUGCCCGAGUCGCAGACGCUUACCAAGCCGCACUCAACUCUAACACAGGCUUCAAGCUCUUCAUAUCCUUCGACAUGAGUUCCCUCCCCUGCACUUCCGCCAGCGACGCCUCACUUCUCCGCUCCUACAUCACCAACUACGCUACGCACCCCAAUCAAUUGACCCUUAACGGUCAGGUAUUUGCCUCCACUUUCGACGGUUCGGAAUGUACCUUCGGACAGAGCAGCCCCACCCAGGGCUGGCAGUCUCAGUUCCUCGGUCAGCUCACUGGCUCGAACGCCGUGCACUUCGUCCCUGCCUUCUUCGUUGACCCAGGGUCAUUCACUCAGUUCAAUGGUGUUAUGGAUGGCGAGUUCAACUGGAACGGUGGCUGGCCUACCACUCUUACGACCUCCAGCGUGCAAGCAGCACUGAGCUCCGCAACAUUCACCAACGCGACCGAGAACACACUCCAGGCAGAAAUUGGCACCUUCACCUCGGAUGCAGCGUAUGUCUCCGGGCUCAACGCGGUCAGCGGUUCUGGGAAGACAUAUAUAGCAGCGGUCAGUCCGUGGUUCUUCACCCACUACAGCCCGCAGACUUUCAACAAGAACUGGAUAUAUCUUGCGGAUUACUGGUCGUACAACGCGCGCUGGGAGACGCUUGUAAACAACCGUAACCAGGUGGAUAUCGUGGAGCUUAUCAGCUGGAACGAUUACGGCGAGUCGCAUUACGUCGGCCCUAUUGAGGGCGCUCAGCCCGCCGGUACGACUUGGGCGACCGGCUUUGAUCACUCCGGCUGGCUCGCGAUGACAAACUACUACGCGACUGCGUUCCGCACAGGGCAGUACCCUGCUAUCACCGAAGACCAGCUUUAUCUCUGGGCGCGCCCCCAUCCAAAAGACGCAUCCGCGACCUCAGACCCUAUUGGAAAGCCCACCAGCUAUGAGCUUACUGAAGACAAGCUCUGGGCCGUCGUCUUCGCCACCGCACCCGGCACCGUCACACUCUCCUCCGGUUCGAGCACGACAAAUGCUUCCGUCCCCGCAGGCGUCACAAAGCUCUCGCUCCCGCUCACACCCGGCAGUGGCAUGUCUGGUACGCUCUCUCGGAACGGCGCGACAGUGGUCCAGGUCGCGCCCAGCGCCUCGCAAUAUACGUUCAAUCAGAACCCACAGACGUACAACUACAAUGCGUUCGUCGCGUACGCGAGUGGCAGCGGAUCGAGCGGCUGA